AUGCACAAUUCUGAAAUUCUUCAAUUACAACAGCGGCUCCUUAGUGAGCAGGAUGAAGAUCUAGAUAGAUUAAGCGAUGCUAUAGGACGUCAGAGAGAAUUGGGAAUAUUGAUCGGUGACGAACUGGCUUAUCAAGUUGAAUUAUUAGAGGAUACAGAGGACAUGGUCAUUCGGACGGAAAGAGUCCUAGACAAAGCAAAAAGAAAUCUCGCAAAAAUCUCAAAAAAAGUUAAAAAUAAUGGUCACAUAUGUGCAAUUUUUUCAUUAAUCCUCAUAUUAAUUGUUGUUAUAAUCGUCCUUGUUAAAUAG